UAACCUUUCGAGUACAAAUAAUAAGUCGUUUAUUUUCUAAAGGCAGUAUUCACAAAGUGAUACAAAAUGACAAAACUAUUCCUCGUGUUACUUUCGUUAAAUUUGGUGUUUGCAAGCGAAAGUGUGCAAAACUUCAAAAACGGCAACAAAGUAUUUUCUGCAGAUGUGUACAAGGAAAUCGCAAAAAAUGAGAAAGACGACUUCAUAGUGUCCCCCUUUUCGGCGCAAACAAUCCUCGCGUUGGCCCAAAACGGCGCUAAAGGCGAGACCGCCACAGAAAUCCGUUCAUCUCUCCGCCUUCCAAGUUCCCGCCGCCAAAUAAACGCAGUUUUUAAAUCACUUUUACAAAAACUGCGAAAAACCGAAGGUUGCACCUUCCAAACGGCCAACAAGAUCUACAUCAAGGACAAAUACCCCAUCAAACCCGGCUUUAACGCAACCGCCACCGAAAUCUUCCACUCGAGCACCGAAAACAUCGACUUUGCCCAAAACACAAUCGCCGCGGAAAAAAUCAACAACUGGGUCUCCGAACGCACCAACAACACCAUCAAAGACCUCAUCGAGCCCCAAAAGCUCAACCAGGACACGAUCGCCGUGCUCAUAAACGCCCUUUACUUCUCCGGCGCUUGGAAGAAGCCCUUCAAAGCGACACAAACCCAAAAACGGGCGUUUAAAACCCCCACUGACGAGCUCGAGGUGGACAUGAUGCGGAAAAGCGACUUCUUGGGGUACUUGGAGAGUGGGAAACUGGACGCCACGUUCCUCCAGAUGCCGUUCCGAGGAGGGAAGGACGCCCAGAUGGUGCUGGUCCUCCCGAACGAAAAGGGGGGGAUCACCGACUUGGAGGCCCAACUGGAACAGGUCUACAGAACGCGCAAUUUCACGCAGGAGUACGUCGAAGUGACGAUCCCCAAGUUCAAGAUUGAGACAAGUGUUGACUUCAAGGGAGUUUUGAAGAGUUUGGGGGUGAAGAAGGCGUUCCGAAAGGCCGAUUUUAGCGACCUGGCGGGCGAGAAAGGGGAGAUCCGGAUCACGGAUGUUUUGCAGAAGGCGUUCAUUGGGGUGGAUGAGGACGGGGUGGUGGCCAGUGCUGCCACUGCUGUCAUUUUCCAUCCAAAGAGUCUGAUGCAAGGUAUGGGCAGUAAGAAGACUUUCACAGCCGAUCAUCCCUUCCUAUUCUACAUUAAGAUCAACGGUGUUGUCAUUUUUACGGGGAGAGUUGUUUCGCCCGAGGUUUAAUCCGAUUUUUUCUACGUUUUAUUAGUAUUAAUAUAUUUAAAUAAAAUUGUUUUAAUUAA